CUUUCCGGUGAUGAGUUCUACAAGAAAGUUGUUGAAUUUGAAUGUGAGCAGAAGAAGCACAUUGCUGAGAAGAAGACGAGAAAAGAAGCACCCAAGAAGAGAUCCAAAGGACUGGCAGUGCGGAAACAUCUAGAAGAUGAGUACAAGACAGAGAACAAGGUCGAAAGAGCACAGUACCAUACUGCUUUGAAGAAGUGGAACAAGGAUAAGUUAAAGGCAAAGGCAGAGGGGCGGACAUCCAGUGAGGCAAAACCAGUCUUGAGAAAGUUGCGUGGCUCUAUUCCAAGGCCAGCACUGAAUGUGGCAUGUAAGGAUGUAGCAUCUAGUAGCGGCAAAAGCUUUGAUCUUGAUGGCAUUUCAGAUGCCAGUGAUGAAGACCAG